AUGUGUGAUGCGAGUGAUUACGCAGUAUGUGCAGUACUAGGACAAAGGAAGGAUAAGAAGCUUAAUGCUAUUUACUAUGCGAGCAGAACAUUAGAUCCAGCCCAAAUAAACUACGCCACCACUGAAAAAGAACUUCUAGCAGUCGUGUUCGCUUUGGAGAAAUUCCGUUCCUACCUAGUGGGGGCGAAAAUUAUCAUCUAUACCGACCACGCCGCUAUUAGAUAUUUGUUAAGUAAGAAGGAUGUCAAACCAAGACUUUUAAGAUGGAUCCUUCUCUUAAAAGAAUUUGAUUUAGAGAUAAAAGAUAAGAAAGGUACUAAAAACAUAGUAGCAGACCACUUAUCACAUAUCGAAGGGAAUAAGCCAGAACCAAUUCCAAUUAACGACGAUUUCCCUUACAAACGACUCAUAGCCCAAAUGGAGAGUGAUAUGUCUGAACUAACAUUAAACGAUACAGAAAUAGAAGAAUCUGUGGAAGAAGUACAUGCGAAUGCAACUCUGCCAUGGUAUGCUGAUUUUGUCAACUACCUAGCCGUCGGAGUACUUCCACCGGACUUAUCUUACCAACAGAAGAAGAAAUUCUUCCAUGACCUAAAACAGUAUUACUGGGAUGAACCUCUACUUUUCAAAAGAGGGACCGACGGUAUUUUCCGUCGAUGUGUUCCGGAGGACGAAAUAGAUGAUAUAAUCUCUCAUUGCUAUUCCGCUCCCUAUGGAGGGCAUGCAAGCGAGAAACAAAUUCUGGACAUCCACAAAUUAGAAGAGAUGAGAUUGGACGCUUACGAGAAUGCUAGGAUCUACAAAGAACAAACCAAAAGAUGGCAUGACAAACGCAUUUCUAGGAAGGAGUUUAAAGUCGGCGACGUAGUGCUACUAUUCAAUUCAAGACUUAAACUUUUUCCAGGAAAACUCAAAUUUCGGUGGUCCGGCCCUUUCGAGAUCACCAAAGUCCUAAAUAGUGGUGUGAUAGAAAUAAAAGGUAGGAAUAGUGACCCUUUUUUAGUAAACGGGCAGCGACUAAAGCAUUAUCAUAAUAUUGAAAAUAGAGACUAUUCGAACAGUCUCAGACUCAUAGAGUUGCCCGCUCAACCCAACACCUAG